UUAUUAAAAGUUUGACGUCGAUUGAACAAAGCUUGCCAGUUGUUGUGGUGUCUACUUCGAGUUUGGCGCACCGCGUAUUUUUUAACGCUAUUUGUACGUACGAUAAUAGCAAUUUGCAAUAAUUACGAUCGUUGCGACGGAUGUAGCGUCUUAUCAAAAGCAAAAGUUGCUAUCAAACAAAAUACGAGUUUUGUUGAUUUUUGAUUCGGCGUCGGCGGCGGCGUCGGCGUAAGAUUAAUUCGCGGUAGGUAAUGAUAAGUUAACUGCGAUAACGCGUAACGUAGGCAGUGGCAGUCGAAUUAUUUCGCGAUCGUUGAUUCGCACCAUCGACCAUCGACUAUACUCGAGUUACCGAAAAAAGUGAAAAGUUUUGUUGUAAAAAAUAUGUUUUCUGUACGAUCUUAUCGUACGUGAACUGGGUGUGAGCUGUAGCCAGAAUCCGCAUUUCAUGUACAAGAAACUGACUACGACUAGCACUAGUGCUUCAAAAGACGCGGAAAAUCCAUCGAUGGCUGAUAUCACCGAAUCUUCCAGCUCAGACGGCUCGCCAGCAUCUAUCGCUCCUUCAGGUGGUGACGUGACGCUGGACAAAGAUGUCGACAAUAAAACGUUGAAACAAAGCUUGUACGACCUCAAGUUGCGCAUUUACUACAUGGAGCAAAAAAAUAAAUAUCUCGAAGACGACGACGGUGGCGAUAUUUAUCAAAAAUAUGUCGACUUACAGACCGAGUUUGAAAAGUUGAAGAAAGAUCUGGACGAAAAAGACGAGCUACUGCUCAAAGCGCAAAAGGUGACGCUGUAUUUGCGCGAAGAAAAAGAGAAAACGCUGUACGAAUUUCAGGACAAGGAAAAGUUAUACGCCGAGAAAAUCCAACAGCUCGAAAAGGAAGUAGAAGAAAUGAAGCUAAGUGAUCCGAAAUUUGGCUUACACAGUACCGCCAUGUUCAUGUCUGGCGGCGAUUCAGUCGAUGCGUCUUCGCUUUCCACCACUUUCAGUAAAACCACCUUGUCGCAUAAACGAAUCGCAGAAUUAGAAUCUCAGUUGAGUCAGCUAAAUAUGGAAUUGGAAAGCGUGAAAGCCAACAACGACCAACUAGAACAAACCGUUUUCAGUCUGCAGAGAAAAAUCAAUUUGUCCAACAAAGAAAUAGCCGAAUUGAACAGAGAACUGAGCGCCCUACAUAAAGAACGCGAACUGUACAUCGACAACUGUACCAAACGCGAUGAUAUAUUGCAGAAAAUGGAAAAACAAAAAGUAGAAUUGACCGAAAAACUUGCAAAGGUUGAGCAGGAAAAUGAAAGCUUGCGGUCAGCGUUAACUUGCAGUGCCGAACAAAAUGGAUCGUCGAAAAAUGAUAAAAGCACCGCCGUCAUCGUACAAAGGUUACUAAUCGAAAACAAAAAAAUCAACGGCAGAUUACGCAAAGUCAAAGAAGACUUGUUGCAGUUUUACGAACAGUGCUCAGCUUGCGCGCAUUGCGCCAACGAGAAGAAAUUAAAGAAGACGCCGACGCUAAAUUUACGAUCUCCGGCAGCCGCAGGCGCCGGCGGCGGCGGCGGCGGCGGCACUUCAGAGGACGAAUACGAAAAAGGCAGCGGCGCUUCGCAGUCGGAAAACGACGGCGGAGAAUGUGAAAAGUACGCUAAUUUGGGCGAAAACGAAUUGACAACGGUACUCGUACAGCGGGACGAGUUGAUCAAACAGUUGAAAAACGAACUGAAGAAGCGCACGUUCAAUUUACAAGAACUGGUCAACAAAGAGCUGUGGGAUAAGAAUCGCGAAAUCGAGAAAUUGAAUAAAAUGGGCGACAAACGUAAAAAAGAAAACGAUCUUUUGCGAAAACAGUUGACGACUGGCGGCGGCGGCGGCGGCGGCGGCACCAGCAACGAUAAUCGCGCCGUAGCUGGCGGUGGCGGUGGCGGCGGCGGCGGCGCCUCGUCUGGCGGCUACGGUCACGCGAUGCGCGAAUUGCAGCCGUGCUCGCUGAGAAAUUACAAGAUGGACGACAAAGAAAACGUAUCGUCCAUGUCGGACGACGUUAAGCUGCUGAAAGAGCACUUGCGCGGCUGUCUGGACGAGAAGAAAGCGUUGCUGGAUAAAAUAAACCAGCUGGAGAGCAAAGUGGCCGUCAGCGACGAAGAGCGCGGAUGCCAAAGCGCGCUCGUCCACAAUUUGCGGCUCGAGUGCGUCAAACGUAAGGACGACUUCGAGGAAGCGGAGAAAGCGCGCCGAGAGGCGUUCAACGCUUGCGCGCUGCUCACCAGCCGUCUGGAAGAGUUGGCCUGCUUCUUGGAAUCGCUGCUGGCGCACGACGCGUCCGGCAUCAACGCCAAGAAACGACAACUUCUCAAGCAGGCCAUCGAGAAGAGCCGCGAAAUUUCCAAAUCCUUUUCCCGCACCUACUACAACAACACCAACAACAGCUACGCUACGCCGUCCACCACCAUGGGCGCCUCCGCGACAGCGGCCUUGAAAUUCGGCGAUUCGACGGUCGACUCGAGCGUGCCCAUAUUGCCGGAUUGUUCGGAAAUCAAUUUGAGUUUCAGCGGCGGCGACGACGAUUACGACGCUGUCGCGGCCGUCCGCCGUCCGCCGCCGCUGCGUCGCAGCGCCUCUCCCGAUUUCGCAUCGACCGAAGAUUCGGAGGAUUUGCGCGUCAACGACGUCGACGUCGACGUGGUCCGAAGAUCCAUUUCGUUUGUGCAUCGUCUGGAGCCGGGCAACGAAUUAGUCUUCAGCAACGCCGGCGUCCACAAACUGGCGAACGAAAAUGGCAACGACGACGACGACGACGGCGACGACAACGACGGCGACCAUUUGUUGGCACCGGCGCCGACAUCGGGCUCCGCUUUAACGCCGGCCAAUGAAAUGCAGAAUUCGGUGACCGCGUCUUCGGCCAUCGUCAGCCUGGACGAAGCUCCUCCCAAAGUAGGCGACUUCGAUUCGGAAUCGGAAACGUGGUCCGAACCGGACAGAAACGUUUCGGCUGCCAGAAUCGGCUUGACCAAUUCCGCGUCCAAAGUCUACUCGAAGCGACAACGUUCGGCGGCAGCGGUGGCGGCCACGCACCGUUCAAACUCCGAUUCGGACGCGUCUUCCUACACACCGGGCCAGAAAUAUCCGGACGUCGCCGAUAUCAGACAGAUGCAAAAAAGAAUUCAUAAUUUGGAAAGUAUCAACGAAUCUUUGCGCCGAGAAUUGGAAUUUUUACGAUCGCCAGCGUCGCAAUCAAAUUCACACCGUUUAUCGACGGCGGCUGAUAAAAAAACGGACAUGGAAAAGUUGAGCGAAAAAACCAGGCUGCGUAAUUUGCUGAACAAGAUAAAUUUGGAAAACUGCGUGGAUACGAAGAAAUACCGCGACACGGUCGAGGUGGUGCGUAAAGAUCUGCGCGAGCUGUGCAAACAUUUGGCGAAAACCAACAAGCUGGACAAAUUCGUUUCGCUGAAAUUGAAGGAGGUGUGCGAGCAUUUCGAACUGUGCGAGCUGUGCUGCUCGCGACUGCACCAGCUGCUGGAGGAGGCCAAGACGCGCAACGACGUGCUGGCCGAGCUGCUCGAAGAGACGCAAUGCAAAUUCGAGCAGGUGAUGGCGGACCUGCGCACCACCAAGCUGGCUUACAACGGCGUCAUCUUGGAACACGAGCAGAACAUUUUCAAGUACAAGCAAUGCGAGCUGACCAACGAGCAGCUCAGGCAGAAGCUGAAGUCGGCCGACGAACUGUGCCGCUCGCUGCAGCAGCAGCAGCAACAACAACAACAGCAGCAGCAAGAGGAGGAGGCGGGCAGAAACAAGGCCGCAGAGCCGCCGAUCGACGACGCGCUGGAGAAAGCGUCGAAGCGUAUCGCGGAGCUGGAAUCGCUGGUGGCGGCCAACGAUACGACCAACGCGGAACUGGAGCGGUGCAAGCGCGACCUCGAGCAGCUCGGCGAAGCGAACGAGAAACUGUUGCGCGGCGUCCAGCAGCUGGACGCGUACACGGCGCGAAUCGCGGAAUACGAAGCGCAGCUGGACAAGUAUCGCGAGAAUUGCCGGCGACUCGAGUUGGAGCUGUUCGAGAAGGACAGCAUGGAGAAGCUGUGCCGCGAGCAGUGCGCCAAGCUGGAGGAGCAGCUACGCGAACAGGACACGGCCCACCGGUCGCUCAAGCUGGCCGGCCAAGAGCUGCGCGAGGCGCGCGCCGAAUCGCAGCGUCUCGAGGAGCAGGUGCGCCGGCUGAGCGGCGAGCUGCGGGACGCGGAAAACGCGCGUCUGGAUCGCGACCGCCAGCUGGCGGCCGAGCUGCGCGACGAACGGCAGCGGUACGCGGCGUUGCUGCAGCAGCAGCGCGACCGAGCCGAACGAGAGUUGGCCGACAAGGCGGCGGUGGUCGAGCAACUGCGGCAGCUGGUGGACGCGUCCGACCAGCGUACCCGCAAAUUCGAGAACGAAAUUCAGCUGCUGCGCGCCAUGCUGGACACGUGCGAGCUGGAGAAGCGCGACUUCCGCGCCAAGAUCGCCGCCCAAGUCGACGAGCACGAAACGCUCAAGAAAGAACACGAGCAAAAGAUGAAGCAUCUGCUCGGCCAGAUAAUCGCCUAUCGCGCCGAAGAGGAGUCCAGUCUGGCCGCCCAUCGCGAGCUCGUCCACCAAAUCGAACAAGCCCAAAACAAGAAGCACCUGUGGAAGAAAAGCAUUCGAGACUGGAAGGACAAAUACGAGCAGUUGAAAAUGGAAAAACAACACGUCGAGCACCAACUGCACGCUCGUUGCGACGACCGCCUCGGCAACCCAACGCCGCCGCAGCCGCAGUCGCAGUCGCCGCCGCCCACCACCACCACCACCACUGACCACGGAGACGGGCAACUCGUCCAGUCGGCUGCCUUUGCCAAUAACAACGCCGAUGUCGCCGAUUUCAGACUGAUCAAGUUGAACGUGGAACGGGAUUGGUUAGCGCGAGAAGCUGAGCUUAGAUAUCAGGUAGACGUAGCCACGCUUACCACUUCGCACGUAAUAUUGGAAUGGACGAGGUUAGCCAAUGAGAAGUUACGAUUGCAGCGGGAACUUCACCGACGUGAUAAACCACUUUAUGUACAUCACCUGGAAACUAUCAAAUGCCAGCUAGAAAAAAGAGUAAAAGAACUGGAAUCGGCCAAUCACGAGUUGGAAUCGCGGCUACAGCGUUUGCAAAGUUCCAAAAUUACGCCGUCCGAUUUCGAUCUCAGCUCGGAGGAGGAGGACCAACCCCAUCAAUCGGCCUCUGUUGCGACCAUUCGUUUAUCGUCGGCCGCCAAAUUAUUUUCUUCGCUCAAUUCGCCCGCAGCGGCGGCGGCGGCGACGGUGGCAUACUCGUCGUUUUCUCUUCCAUCUAGUCCGAAUCGUAGUAAAGGCGCUUCCAGUCCGUUACUAUCCAGCUCCGUACCGAGUAGUCCGACUCGUCUGAAAAACGACUAUUUCGCCAGCGCCGCUUCGGACAUGGAUCGUGUAUUUGGCUGCCAAAACGACGACUCCUCAGACUCGUACAAUACAAAUAAGAGCACGUGCGUUGCGGUGAGGAAAGUUUCCGGCUCCGGCGGCGAGAAUAGCGCCACUUCGCCCGAUUUGGGUAUCGAUAGCGAUCACGGAAGAAAUUCCACCAGUUUCGAAUUCGACAGCGGCAACGGCUGCGAAACUAACAUACGCUGCGAAAUAAUCAAUUUGGAAGAAGAAAAUAAGCGCUUGAAAAGAGAAUUGGGCCAAACGAAAAAGGAAUUGGAAGAAACGUUGGGCAAACUGACCACGUUGAACAAGAAUAAAAAACGCAUGGAAAAGGCGAUAUUCAAACAAAUCUUCGAAACCAAGCAUAUUCUCAAACGAGCCCGAGUAAACCUAGAAGACGGUACCGCUACCGCCACUCCUGCCGCCGUCGCCGGCGACGUCGAUGCCGCCGAAAACAAUGCCACCGCCACCGCUCGCGUCCUAUAAGCGACAAGCGUACCUUACCUACGAGUACGAUGCGAUGUGCUGAUUUUGCCAUUUGCUCGUUGCAUCGUCGCACCGACUGGUCCGCUCAUCAUUUGUUAUUCGACUACUAGGUAUUCAUCCACGUACCUAGACGCGUAACGUAGGCGAUUUAUAAGCAUUUACCUAAGUAAUAGGUAUUAAAAAGGUUUAUUCGCCUGGUCAUCUUAAUUCGCGCACGAGUAUAGGCUACAAGCUACAAAUUAAUCACGACGCGACUUCUCUGGGCGCGGCGCGGCGCGGCGAGCCAUCUCGAAAGACUGCAGCAAGCGGUCGAGGCCGUUGACAUUCACAUUUGAUAGCUAUCCGUACAUAUUAUAUUAUGUAGGAUGUAGGUACCACAUUCGUAUUGUGUACUUUGUACCUAUCUACCUACCUACUUUGUUACUAUUCCUAUUCGCGUAUUUUGUCUUCUUACGUAUUAUUGUACCUAGCCUUAGUAAUUUGUACCUAUGUGUUUGUGUAUGUAUUUUGCCAAACUUGGUUUGGUUUGCGACAAUGGCAAUGGCGAUGGCGAUGGCGUGCGUGUGCGAAUAAUCACGUGGCUCGCACGUUUUUGCGCUACUGCUACGCAGAAAUACGAUGAAAAUGGAGUUACUCCGUCGAGAUGGGUAUUCGAACCGGCUGGCCAGGUCGAUCCGGAUACGACUGGGUCGCCUUCCAGUCGCCUGCAUUUCAAAGCUACCUGCGAUACUACGCUACUACGACUUACGAGUACCUACUUACCUAGUAUCCUUCGAAAACUAACUCGUAGGUAACUACGUAGUGACCGGUGUAAAUAGGAUUUUCGAUAAUUUUGCCAUUAAAUGAGGCCAAGCUCGUAAACGUUACGUAGGUACCUAUAUUUGAUUUUUUAGUAAUACAAAUAUGUAGGUACGGUACUCUCGGCCCAGACGCGAGUCGUUUAUAACCACCAGUCUAGUCUACGGUAUUCUUGAAGAUUCAGUCUCUUCGACGCUUUCGCCAUCGACUCGCUAUUUUUACGGUCGAGAUGUAUCUUUACCUACUCGUAAAUCUUGUGUUCAGUUGUGUAUAAAAUUAUACUUACUUAAUAAAAUUUUUUACGUA